AAAGGGCGUGGCAACCAAUUUUUGACUAGAAGCGACUUCACUUUCGACCACUCAGGUCUGCAGCAGACACCGGCCGAGGACUGCGUACCUACAGAGUCGGCAAUACUUCACUAUUUCUUGCCUUGCCGUCUGCAGUGGACCAACUUUUACGUAGAAUUUUACAGUGAUGCCGACCGGGAAACCACCCCCGAGCCCUCUCGCAGUCCUCUCAGUCGUAGCUCUGUUACUGGCCGCCGUCAGCGGACAGUCCAGUAGCCUGGAGUGUAGAGAGGACACCCGUGUGACUCGCGCUCCGAACGGAGACCUAAUGUACGGGUCGCUGCCACCCACAGACGCGCCCGACACGGAAGAUUAUAACCCCCAGGGACUGGGGGGUUGGUACGACCUGGCCAGGGGUUUUGUCAACACCGUCCAACCCCAAAACCUGCCGUACGAUGUAAUAGAGGAGACCAUCACAGAGAAUGACCUGGGAUGCUCUGUCAUCGAGAGUAGGAGUGAUGAGGUUUGCACCUCCGGAGACACCGAUGUUCAGACCACUCUUCAGGAGUUUGGAGAGUGGUGGGCACCGCUGAUAGCAGUGACGGUGCUGGGAGGAGUGAUGGCCAUUGUGUUUGGGAUUGUGGGUGCCAUCUUCUGGUGCUGCCGCUGCUGUGGUCAGUGUGGCGGCGGACGCUCCCAGAGAGACCCAAAGGACGAGUACAUGUUCGGCGUCACCAUUGCCCUCUUCCUGGUCACCCUGCUCCUCUUGUAAGAGCUCCACAUUCUGCAGUCCUUCUCUGUCACUAAUACAGUCGAACCCCUCUAAUCUGGACACCAAUAGGACAGAAUUAGUGAGGUGUUCUUAUUAAGCAAGAACUGUUUUUGGGAAGAUAAAGUAGAAAAGUGUUCCUCGUUUCAGGGUUCUAUUUACUUGGAUGAGGAUUCCACCGUAGCUCAUUCUCUCUCCCCCUCUCCCUGCAGUGUUGGAGUGGUGCUAUCGUUCUACAGCAACGAGCAGUCAUUUGACACCAUAGAAAGUCUCCAAACUACAAUGAACGACAUCGUGGGGACUGCUGUCGACUACAUUAAUGCUUUCCUUGAUGAUGGAGAUGGAAUCUUGUGCCAGUUCAUCCAAGUGACGGACAUUGCACUGAACGAAACAACUGUGUUAAACAUAUCACUGAAUGAACAAUUGGACGAAGUGGCGGUAGACGUGGACAAGGUUCUCCAGCGCCUUAACACCCUCACUGCUGGCAUAAACCAGACGAGCGACAUACUUAUGAACGUGUCUGCGACUACCCAGCAACUCCAGUCCAACGGAAACGAUCUGAGCACGACUCUCAGUAACAUUGCUGCAAAUGUCGAUAGUCUGAGCUCGUCGUGUGCUGGGUCAGCGGUGCCACAUCCCAGUGUGGAAACAUACCGCCUUCUUCCGUGUUUCAAGCCGGUGCCAACUACAGCAAUGUCAGUAUACGAUGUACACUGUAAGCUACCUGAUGUGUCCCAAGAAUUGAGUGACGUGCAGGACGCUCUAGAUGGCAUCAACCUCGAUAACAGCAUAGAAGAGGGUAAUGCUGAGUUUGAGAGGAUCUCUGGAGAAAUCCAGUCUCAAAUCAACGAACACCUCGGCGGACUAGACGACACGUCCUCCAAUUCGUCCAGUGUUCUCGGCGCCCUGACUGACGCCAACAGCACUCUAUUCGACACUCGUGACGAAGUGAUCGGAGACGUCAGACGAGUGAUCAGGAAUGAGUAUGACAUAGAGGACUGCCCGACGCUGGACGAGAUCCUCGCAGGGGACGCAGGGGAUACCACAGUGGACGUCGGCUUCAUUCGACAGUGCUACUUCAACCAGUUCUUUGAGAGACUACAAGAAUAUGAUGUGUACAGGUAUGCGUUUGGCGUCAUAGUGUGCUGCCUGGCCCUCACCACUGUGGUGCUGACUCUGGUGGGAAUGAUUCUUGGAGUGGCGGGCUGGAGGAAGGACAGAUCUCCGAACAGUAGGACCAAGCCCUCCCACUGUGGCGGGAUCGUUCUUCUCGUUGACGUUGGGCUCACGUUCCUCUUUGCAUUUGUACUCCUCAUUCUGGCCUCCCUGGCCUUCUUCUUCGGCUCCAACAUGCAGAAGAUAUGUCAGGCCAUCGAGCCACCAGAGUAUGAACUAUACACCAGGGUGGUGGACAACAGAGAGCUGUGGGGUGGGUCUCUCCUCGGUGAGGCUUUGCUGGGAGAAGGAAGAAACCUCUCACUCUCUGGAGCUCUUCGGGCAUGUGAAGCAAAUGAAGCUCUGUACACGGCCUUCAACCUCCAAUCUCUGUUUGAUGUGAGAGACAGAAUCCUCAACACCAGUGAGAUAUUUGAUGACCUUCAGCAGCAAAUCGACGACACCAUCAACAGUUUUAACUACACUUCAGACAGUUUUCUCGACAACGCCACUCAGACUGCACUCAAUGACUUCACAUCGGCCAGCGUCGACUCCAUUAACAUCACUGCAUUCAGGGAGACACUAUCAACCGACACCCUCGGUUUCAACCUCACCGAGACCAUUGCCACUCUAAUGCAGUUGAGAGACGCUUUCGCCGCGGCUGGGGAGACAGACCUGGAAUUUCAGACUCAGGGUAUCAUCACAGAAUUGGUGACUAUUAGGGACACCCAGCUCGGAGCUAUAGAGGGUAACGUGGAGCUCCUUGAGCAGCAGGUGGACCAGCUCUCCACUCAUAUCGACACUGUGGUGAUCGAGACGAAUACGAUAGUGGCAGAUAUUGAUGGUGUCGUUGCUAACCUGACUGGAGAUGACUUCAGGGGAAGAAUAGCUAACAUUGCUCUCACCGCACUGUACAACCUGGAGAACUACACAGAGUCUUUCAUAAACUUCACUGCCACUGCUAUUGAGAGUGAAGUGGGCCAGUGCAGACCCCUGGCCACCAUCUAUUCAAGUGCCUACGGAGUUGUGUGCAAUGAAGCAGUGGAUGGUUUGAACGGGUACUGGUGGUCGCUGGGGUUCUGCUGUCUCUGGUUCAUCCCUCUCAUUGUCCUCGCCGUCCUGGCCUCCACACACUAUCUCCGACAGAACAGCACCGACGACGACGGAUACCGAGACUUCCCGAUGAAGGAAAAGAGUGUUCUAUGAGCAGCAGCAGUAAUAUACUUCGUUUAGUAUUAUGACAACUCUCAUUUACAUAUUAUUAUAUUGUCUUCAUUUCCUAUAGCUUUAUAUCAUAAUUAAUAUCAAGUGCAAAGGAAUGGUGUGCGUAUAACUAGCGUCCGUUUCCUCGUUUGCGCAACAACUACAACAACACACAAUAUAAGGGGAUGUUUAUACAAGAGAAUGGUAUUUUGCGCAUUCCAUGGCUACAAUCUGGUGUCUAUGAAAUUACAGACUGUUUAGGUUUUAAUCACCGCAAGCACGCAGUGUAUAUUACUCCCACUAUAGGUCAUAGCUGAAGAAAUCUCGUCUUUGUAACCGAGUCUUCGCUGCUGGUUCAUCCCGUUUGCCGGUCCGGGCCGUCGUCGGCCGCUGACUGGUCUCGCUCUCUCCGACGUUCAUCACGCACCACUGUGCUUGCUGCCGGCCGCGCCGUGAAGAAGUGUAUUACACGCACGGGUAAGAUACAUUACAAUCAUUUUUUAGCUGGUAAAGUUGAGCUGUUUCUGGUCUUCCCGCACGUACGUCUCGCCCACAAUUUCAGAUCG